AUGUCACAUAUUAAUGAUUUAAUAGGUGUAGUGAGAGGUCUUCGCCAGGUGAUAGAUGCGGGUAUAAAGCUACAGCAGGAAAGCACUAGACUAGUAUGGCAAAAUUCUAGUGUAAAAAACCCAUUACAAAAUUGCUCAGUUAACUCUAUUGCUACCUACAAAUCUAACCCAGACACUAUUAACGAUGCUUUCGAAAGAGCAAAGGUGGUUGUACAUGGUAUUAAACAAUAUGUCACUAUGUGUAAUACUAACUCAAAUACCAAUACAGCUGAGGCAUUGACAUCCAUGGAUCCGAAAUUACAAGAAGAUAUUGACAUGUUGAACAGGCAGUUCAAUGAAACCUUUGAAAGUUUAAAGCAAGCACAAAAAAAGAUAGUCUCAAAUGUUACCGUUGUAUCGGUCAAGGAACUUGUUAAGCCACCAGAACAAAUUCCAGUUGAAGUUGUCGUAAAUGAGAAGCCUGUAAAUGAUGAAAUAGAUAAUAGACUAGUUGAUGUAAUUGAGCCAAAAAGCCUUAAACCCAAUGUAAAUUCUUAUGCUGAUCCCAGCAUAAAUUCUGUUACUAGUACUAGUGUCAAAUCUGCCCCAAAACCAGUUGCAAGAAAGAAAGUAAAAGUAUCACUAGCUGAGAGCUCUAAGGCGCGUGUCGUACCUUCUUCUCGUAUUGGGAGGAUGAUAUCUUUUGGCUCCCUAGCUGCUGGUCUGGGUUUCGGUACAGUCGCCCAGUAUGCCCGAAACACCCUCCAGUCUGUAACUGGAAAAGUCGAUGAAACUUCAAAUACAUUCUUAUCGCCAGCAAAUGCUGAGAGGAUUGUGGAUACACUAUGCAAAGUCAGAGGUGCUGCACUAAAACUGGGUCAGCUACUCAGUAUCCAAGAUGAUUCGGUAAUUCCGUCUGAUCUCCAGAAAAUAUUUGACAGAGUUCGUCAAUCAGCAGAUUUCAUGCCUAGUUGGCAAGUAGAGAAAGUUAUGAGUUCUCAACUGGGGCCAGACUGGCGCAGUAAAAUUCAUCAAUUUGAAGAGAAACCUUUCGCUGCUGCUUCUAUAGGUCAAGUUCACUUAGCUGUUCUUCACAGUGGACAAGAAGUGGCAAUUAAAGUUCAGUAUCCCGGUGUUGCAAAAGGUAUAAACAGCGAUAUAGACAACCUUGUCGGUGUACUUAAGGUAUGGAACAUGUUUCCUAAAGGGAUGUUCAUAGACAACAUUGUCGAAGUAGCGAAGAAAGAGUUAGCUUGGGAGGUCGACUACAUCCGUGAAGCAGAAUGUACUAAGAAGUUCAAACAACUACUUGCUCCAUACCCCGAGUACUAUGUUCCAUCUGUCAUUGACGAAUUAUGCGCUCAAGAAGUGAUAACAACGGAACUAAUCGACGGAAUGCCUCUCGACAAAUUAUUCGACGCGCCCUACGAAGUCCGCUAUGACAUAGCUUACAAAAUAAUGCAGCUUUGUUUGAGAGAAAUGUUCAUACUUCGCUGUAUGCAGACAGAUCCGAACUGGGCAAAUUUUUUCUAUAACACGAAUACCAAACAAGUAAUCUUGCUGGACUUCGGCGCGACUCGUGAAUACUCCAAAGAGUUCAUGGAUCAAUAUAUAGAAAUUAUUAAAGCAGCUUCAGAAAAUGAUCGCGAUGCAAUUUUGCGCAUGUCGCGCGAAAUGAAAUUCCUCACUGGAUACGAGUCCAAGAUAAUGGAAGAGACACACGUCGACACAGUUUUGAUCAUGGGCGAAGUGUUUACAAGCGAAGGUUCGGGUGAAUUUGACUUUGGAGCUCAAAAGACAACAAGACGAAUUCAAGCCAUAGUGCCAACCAUACUGACGCACAGGCUAUGUCCACCCCCCGAGGAAAUAUACUCCUUGCACAGGAAACUAUCUGGGGUUUUCCUACUCUGUUCCAAGCUCAAAGUGAAAAUGAACUGUCGUGACAUGUUCCAAGAUAUAUACCGGCAGUACAAAGCCAAUGUCUAGUAGUCAUUUGAAAGUUCAGUUAGAGUAGUAAAUGUGUCUAACAACUAUUUAAUGCUAGCUGACGGUAAAUACAAAGUAAUAACUUCAUCGUACAUUAUAUUUUAUAUGGUAGAUUUUAUAUGAUUUAAAAGUAUAAACACUACAAAAUAGUAUCAAAAUAAAUAAAAAUGUUUGCCCAUACUUUGCCUUAUGGAUUUUAUUUAAGAUUUGAUACAUGUUAUGGGUUAUUUUAUCGCAUUUUAACGACUCUAAGCUGCAUUGUAUUAAUUAUAUGUAAUAUAUAGUUAAGAAUAAUUUAACCAAACUAGUAUUUUUAUUGUAUUAAAUCCAUCUACGUACAGUCUAACAUUCAAUAAACUUAUUUCAAUGCAUAUUCACAUUUUAUAUGUAAAGCAAAUAGUAAUUUUAUAUUAGUUAUUAUUAAAACAGAUAAAGCUUUUUUAUUAAUUAUUGCUAAUCUACCUUCUACAAUUACUUUGUAUAUUUGGCCGUAAUAAAAUAAUUGUGAAUACUA